AUGCUUUCUUGGCGCUCCAUUCGUUCCACCACCUGCCUUCUCGCACUUUCUUCCAUUCCUCGUCGCUGCCAUCAGGCUAUGUCAACCUUACGCCCUAGGGGCCUAUUCAUCGUCUUGGAGGGUAUAGAUCGAUCCGGUAAGUCUACCCAAGCGGGACUUUUGCGUCACGAGCUAACUUCUAUGACGAAUAGAGAGGCUGUUCUCGUGCAUUUUCCCGACCGCGAGACUCCGAUAGGCAAAGGUAUUUCGGACUAUCUCACCGGCAAAGUUGAUAUGGAAGCCCAUGCAAUUCACCUAUUGUUUACUGCUAACAGAUGGGAGCGCAACACGGACAUCCUUGCAGCUCUUGAGGACGGUCGUUGCGUCAUCGCCGACCGGUAUAGCUACUCUGGAAUCGCCUAUUCAGCGGCAAAGCCCGAUCCUCCGGACUGGGAAUGGUCUAGAAAGGUCGAACACGGACUUGCUCAACCGGAUGUAGUCAUAUGCCUUACGCCUGAUAAAUUAACAGAAGUUGAGAAACGGGCGGGCUUUGGUGACGAAAGAUAUGAAACUUGCGAUUUCCAACUUAAAGUGCUCGGCAAUUAUCUCCGGAUCUCCAAGGAGAUGGAUGCUGAGCAUGCCAAAGUUGCGCAUGGUAAGAAACUUCCUAUCUGGAACUGGAUUGAAGCGACCGGUCUGGAGAUUGACGAAGUGCACAAGUGCAUUGUUUCCACAUUGGAGCCAUAUUUAAUUGAAUCUGGCCUAAUUGAUGAAAAAGCUGAAUGA